CCCUCUACAUCAGCCCCAGUCUCAUCAGAUCACUCACACUAUCCCUGCCUCUCCAAUGCAAGCCGUUUCACCGCUGCCCGCCGUGAUCGAUCCUUCCUCAUAUCUCCAAGCUGCAACCGGCUCUGAGUCACCAACCACCUGCCUCCGGGAACCGCGCUUCGGGAGGUCUGGUGGGCUGGCAGCGGGCACGGCACGUCUGGCUCCGGACGGACAGAGGGGCCGGGGGAGGAGAGAUAAUGCAAGUGAGGGAGAUGGUGGAUGCCUGCGGCACGCGUGACGUGGCAAAUUGCAGCAUUUGCCUCUACUGUUUUACAUGUGAAGAGAGAGAGAAAUAGCUCAGCCUCACGCUCUGGCGGGAUACUGCAGAACCGGGGAAGGGAGGGAGGGAAUGAGGGAGGGGAUGAGGGAGGGGAAUCGAAUCAGAAGAAAGAAAAGCGACUGAGGGAGAGUUGAGGAACGGAGGGGCAGAAGGUGGAUCCACGAGAGAGGACGAGAGAGGUAGCGGGAAACUGCUGAUCCGACGUUUAGAGAAGAGUAAAGACAAGAAGCAUCAAAAGUCCCACAGUCAGUCACAGAAGAGAUUGGUACCACACCAGAUUCAGGGAUGUAGCCGAAGAGGGGAGAGCUCAGCCUUUCCGAGCUCGUCACUAUGAAGAAACAUUCCGCCAGGGUUGCCCCGCUGUCCGCUUGCAACAGCCCGGUGCUCACUUUAACGAAAGUCAAAGGAGAAGACCGUCCCAGGGAGAAUGUGGUGGGCAGCACAGCAGACGGCCAGGCGGCAAACGGCGGGGCGCCGGGGGCGGAGUCUGCUACGGGGAGGUGGAGACUUCAUUGCUGCAUCAAAAUCACGGCCGUACAGGUGCGGAAGGCGCUGUGGGGCGUUGCCAUGGUGAUGUGUGUGUGCUCAUCGUGGGCGGGGUCCACCCAGCUGGCCAAGCUCACCUUUCAGCAGUUUGACGCUCCCUUCACCCUCACCUGGUUCGCCACCACCUGGAACUGCCUGUUCUUCCCCCUCUACUACAUCGGACACCUGUGUAAGAGCCCUGAGAGACAGACCCCCAGACAGAGGUUCAGGGAGUGUUGUCGGUUCUUCGGGGACGACGGGCUGACAGCCAAGGUGUUCUUCACGAAGGUGGCUCCGUUUGGCUUGUUGUGGAUCCUCACUAACUACCUGUACCUUCAGGCCCUGAGGAAGAUCAACACUACAGACGUGUCAGCUCUGUUCUGCUGCAACAAGGCCUUCGUAUUCCUGCUCUCUUGGAUCGUACUGAGAGACCGCUUCAUGGGCGUCAGGAUCGUGGCGGCCAUCUUUGCCAUCGCUGGCAUCGUGAUGAUGACGUACGCUGACGGUUUCCACAGCCACUCUGUCAUGGGUAUCACCUUCGUUGUGGCCUCCGCUUCAAUGUCUGCACUCUACAAGGUGCUCUUUAAAAUGGUCCUGGGCAGUGCCAAGUUUGGGGAGGCAGCGCUCUUUCUGACGAUCGUCGGCGGGGCUAAUUUUGUGUUCAUCAGCUUUGUGCCAGUCAUCCUGUACUUCACCCAUGUGGAAUACUUUGGUUCUCUUGAGGACAUCCCCUGGUUAUACCUCUGUGGGGUAGCAGGCCUGCUCUUUGCUUUCAAUAUCCUGGUGAACUUUGGCAUUGCCGUCACGUACCCCACAUUGAUCUCUCUGGGCAUCGUCCUGAGUGUCCCUGUCAAUGCCAUGGUUGACCUGUACACGUGUGAGAUCCACUUCAACGCAGUGCGUCUGAUCGCCGUGUUGAUCAUCUGCCUGGGCUUCCUGAUGUUGCUACUUCCAGAGGACUGGGACCAGUGCUUCAUCCAGCUCCAUGCUAAGCUGCAGAGUAAACGGGAGGAACCAGCCGAGGAAGAGGCAGGGCCCGGCUCCAGCCUCAACUGGAGCAGGAGAGCAAGGACCUCCAUGUCUACCUUUCCACACUGACCACCGUUAAAUGUGGAGAGACGGAUGGAUGGACGGACACACUGAAACAGACAGACAGAGGCAAACACGCACAUGAAUGGAUGAAUGAACAGAUGGACAGAUAGACACACAUACAGUGUACACAUGCGCACGCGCAC